AUGCCAAGCAAGCUAAGGAAGGCAAUUGGAGCAGUGAAGGAUCAAACUAGCAUUAGCCUAGCAAAGGUAACAAAUGCAGCAAAUCUUGAGGUCACAAUUCUUAAAGCCACAACACAUGAUAAAAAUCCAAUUGAAGAGCGUUAUGUGAAUGAAAUUGUGAACAUAGUUUCCUCUAACAAAGUGUAUGCAGCUGCAUGUGCACAAUGCAUAGGCAAACGCAUUGGCAAGACCCGCAAUUGGGUUGUUGCCCUUAAAUCUCUCAUGAUUGUCCUUAGAAUAUUUCAAGAUGGUGAUCCAUAUUUUCCUAGGGAAGUCUUCCAUGCAAUGAAAAGGGGUGCCAAAAUUCUCAACCUUUCAAAUUUUAAAGAUGAUUCCAAUUCUAGUCCUUGGGAUUACACGGCAUUUAUUAGGACAUUUGCUUUGUACCUUGAUGAACGCUUGGAUUGCUUCCUAACAGGAAAGCUUCAAAGGAGAUUCACAUAUGAUAACAGGUUUCAUGAGAAGAAUCAAAGGAACAAGCUAUCAAAAGAGCCAGGUAUUAUUAAAGACAUGAAACCAACAAUGGUUCUUGAUAGAAUCCCUUAUUGGCAAAGGUUGUUGGAUAGAGCAAUAGGCACAAGACCAACAGGGGCAGCCAAGACAAAUCGUUUGGUUCAGAUUUCGCUCUAUGCUAUUGUGCAAGAAAGUUUUGAUCUUUAUAGGGAUAUCUCUGAUGGGCUUGCUGUUGUUUUAGAUAGCUUCUUUCAUUUACCACUUUCUUCAUGUGUUACUGCAUUCAAUGCUUGUGUAAAAUCUUAUAGGCAAUUUGAUGAGUUAUCAACUUUUUAUUCUUUUUGUUCAAGCAUUGGGGUUGGUAGGUCAUAUGAGUACCCUAGUGUGCAAAACGUUUCUGAAGAGCUUAUGGAGACAUUACAAGAGUUCUUAAAGGACCAAUCCUCAUUCCAUGGAAAUAAUGAUUCAAAACACUUUAUUUUACCAAAGGACCCUGCAGGUUGUUCAAGUUCAUCACAAGAUGAAGCUAGUGAAAGAUAUGGUAGUACACUUGAAAGGUUUUUUGAGACUGGAUCUGAGUUUGGGUCUCAAUGUACAUCAUUGGAAGAUCUCAUGAGUGCUACUGAUGCUGCUUUGAGUCCCAGAAGGUCCCUUGAGCAAGUUACGGAUUCUGAGGAAUCAGACCAAGAUGAGAAACAAUCAGAAUAUGAUGACUUUGCUAGUGCAAAUGGUUCUGGCUCUACCAAAUCAUUGCCAGUUGAUCAAACAUCAAGGUCAAGUUUGGACAUAGUAAUCUUUGAUGAUUUGCAACAGGAAGUGCAACAAAAUCAAACAAAUGAAAGUGAGGUACAAAACACAAAAACAGGUUCCGAUAAUGGUUCCAUAGAUUGUUGGGAGAUAGUGUUGGCAAAGACAGUAUCUGCUGCACCAAUAGAAACAUCACCCAAAUUGGAAAAUGGAUUUGACCCAUUUGUCACCAUAUUUGAUCAAGCUAUAGUACCUCAACACACAUACAAUCCGUUCUUGGAAGACAUAGGAACUGUUGCUCCUCCUGCCACCACCAUUACAAGUUUUGAUAAUGUUUUUGAUGUUGUAGCAACAUUUAAUGCAACAGCACCAUCCUUUUAUGCUCAGGAUCCUCUUGCAUCAACCUUCUCAGAUCAAAAAUCUCAUUCCAUAACAAAUUCUGGUCUAAUUUUUGGUGACAUAAAUCCAAAUGAAACAACAAUGGCACCAACUUUCAAAGCUCAAGGUUUUGAAGAGAUCAACAUGACAGUACCACAAACAUUUCAUACUAAAACUUUUGAUGAGAUGAUUGCUUCACCAAGCUUCCAGGGUCAAUGUUAUUUUAAGAAUGAUUCAUCACCAACAUUUCAAGUGCAUAACUCAAAUGUUAAUGCCACAAUGGAAGCACCAAACAAUAGUGCUCAGAAUCCUGACAUGAGUAUUGUUCCUCUGAACUUUCAAGCACAGGAUUUUUAUAAUUCAACAGUAGCACCAACUUUUAGUGCAAGGGAUUGCAAUGAGACAAAAUGGGCAACACACAAAGAAGAUGAUCCCUUUGGGCCAUGGCCUUGUGCAAACACCAAUGAACAAACAUCUAAUGUGUCAAUACAAGAUCAAACUUUGUUGCAGCUACAACAACUAUGGUUGGAGCAACAAAACAAGAUCAUAGCAAAGCAUAUGACUUGA